AUGGCACAAAACAAAGUUCUCUUUUUCGACUCGAAAAUUUAUGAUGAGAAAACAUUUAAACAAGCUUUGAAAGCAUUAAACGGGCAAAAUAGACUUCGAUUUACAUUCCUGGAAAGUAAACUAACCGAUGAAACAGUCGAUGAAGCCCAAGACUAUGACGCUAUCUGCGUUUUCGUCAAUGAUAUUCUCGAUGUCAAUGUUCUCGAACAAUUACACAAGCAGUGCAGUUCAUUGAAAAUCAUCGCUCUACGAAGUGCUGGAUUUAAUAAUGUUGAUCUCGAAGCAGCCGAUAAAUAUGGAUUCAAAAUCUGUCGUGUACCUCGUUAUUCGCCGUAUGCCGUUGCCGAACAUUCAGUCGCUCUUCUGCUUUCACUUAACCGAAAUUUACAUCAUGCGUUCUUUCGAACGAAACAACACAAUUUCACUUUGGAUGGUCUUGUCGGAAUCGAUCUUUUCGGGAAAACAGUUGGUAUUAUCGGUACGGGCGGUAUUGGAAUGUGCGCGAUCAACAUAUUUUUGGGUUUCGGGUGCAAAGUUCUGGCUCAUGAUAUCUAUCCCGAUGAGAAAGCAGCGAAAGAGAAAGGUUUUACUUAUGUUACUAAGGAUGAACUACUUCGGCAAAGUGAUGUUGUUUCGAUUUAUGCUCCGUUACUCGAAUCGACUUAUCAUAUGAUCAAUAAAGAGUCCUUGGAAAAAAUGAAACCAACGGCCCUAUUGGUUAAUACAAGUCGAGGUGGACUAGUCGAUACACAAGCGUUGGUCGAUUGUCUGAAAGCAGGAAAACUUCGCGGUGCUGCUCUGGAUGUAUACGAACACGAAAAGAAAUACUUCUUCAACGAUUUCAGUCAACAAGUUAUGGAAGAUGACACAUUAGCUCGGUUAAUCUCGAUGCCGAACACCAUCGUUACAUCUCAUCAAGCGUUUCUCACAGAAGAAGCUUUGAAAAAUAUCGCUGAGACAACCGUGCAAAGUUUACUCGACUUUUUCGAUGGUAAAUCUCUUCCAGAGCAGAACGAAGUGAAACUUCUUUCGAAAAAAUAA